CUGGUACGACCUCAUGUUCCCGGCUCCAUGUGGAAUUGUAUAUAUUCCAGAGAAUCUUGUAUGGCCGUAUCUAUGGAGUAUGGUCCCGCCCUGACAUGCCUAUCCAUGAGCCCUUUACCAUCUCCGCUUGGAAAACUCUGGAGACUUGCAGGAAACGUCUGCGUCGUCUUGGAUUUUUGUUUUUAGAUUUUCUGUUUCUCUCCAUUUUUCCUUUUUUAUUUUUUGAAUAUCUGUUCGUGCAUCUCGGCAUCUUGUAAGGUAACGAUUUCCCCACAGUUAUUUCCCUACCUUUUUUUCUUCUUCUUCCCAUUUUCCAGCUUAUUUAUUUUGGUUUUUUUCCUCUCAUUUUAGCGCAUUAAUGCUAUAUUUAUUGCUGUCUCACCUAUUUAUGAGUUUCUGAGCAGUUGAGCGGAGCGGAAAGGGAGGAGAGACUCCUUCCGCCAUACGUAUUGUUGACGGAAACAGAUACAGAGAUUUAGAUAUUUAGAGAUAGAUUUUCACACAGAUUAGGGGGAGAGGGAAAAUGGAGGCGGAGUGUAAUGUUGGGAAGAAGAUAACCAUUGGUGUAUGUGUAAUGGAAAAGAAGGCGUUUUCCGCCCCCAUGGGGCAGAUUCUGGACAGAUUACAGUCAUUCGGUGAAUUUGAGGUUGUACAUUUUGGUGACAAGGUUAUCCUUGAGGAUCCAAUCGAGAGCUGGCCGAUAUGCGAUUGCUUGAUUGCUUUCUAUUCUUCUAGAUAUCCUUUAAAGAAGGCUGAGGCAUAUGCUAAAUUGAGAAAGCCCUUUCUUGUGAAUGAGCUGGAGCCACAACACCUUCUACAUGAUAGGAGGAAGGUCUAUGAGCGGCUUGAGAUGUAUGGAAUUCCUGUUCCAAGAUAUGCUUGUGUUAAUAGGGAAUAUCCCUAUCAAGAGUUGAAUUAUUUUUCUGAAGAGGAAGACUUUGUAGAAGUUCAUGGAAAUCGCUUCUGGAAACCCUUUGUGGAGAAACCUGUUGAUGGCGACGACCAUAGUAUAAUGAUAUACUACCCCAGUUCAGCAGGAGGAGGGAUGAAGGAAUUAUUCCGGAAGGUUGGAAAUCGCUCCAGCGAGUUCCAUCCAGAUGUUAGAAGAGUCAGGCGCGAAGGGUCCUACAUAUAUGAGGAAUUUAUGCCUACUGGAGGGACAGAUGUGAAGGUUUACACUGUUGGCCCUGACUAUGCACAUGCAGAGGCUAGGAAAUCUCCUGUUGUUGAUGGUGUUGUGAUGAGAAAUCCCGAUGGAAAAGAGGUCAGGUAUCCUGUUCUACUUACUCCCACAGAGAAACAGAUGGCAAGAGAAGUUUGCGUUGCCUUCAGGCAAUCAGUUUGUGGAUUUGAUCUAUUGCGGUGUGAGGGACGUUCCUAUGUUUGUGAUGUGAACGGAUGGAGUUUUGUGAAGAACUCAUAUAAAUAUUAUGAUGAUGCUGCUUGUGUGUUGAGGAAGCUGUUUCUAGAUGCCAAAGCCCCACAUCUUUCCUCAAUUAUUCCACCAACUUUACCAUGGAAGGUCAAUGAACCAGUUCAGCCUUCUGAGGUCCUAACACGCCAAGGGAGUGGACUCAUGGGCACAUUUGGGCAAUCUGAAGAGCUACGCUGUGUAAUUGCUGUAAUUCGCCACGGUGAUAGAACUCCAAAACAGAAAGUAAAGUUGAAAGUUACUGAGGAAAAGCUGUUGAAUUUGAUGUUGAAAUACAAUGGUGGGAGACCAAGAUUUGAGACGAAACUUAAAAGUGCUGUUCAAUUGCAAGAUCUCUUGGAUGCGACAAGAGCUUUGAUACCGCGGACUAGAUCUGGCCGAGAAAGUGAUAGUGAAGCAGAAGACCUUGAACAUGCUGAAAAGCUUCGUCAAGUUAAAGCUGUUCUUGAAGAGGGAGGGCAUUUUUCUGGUAUUUAUAGAAAAGUUCAACUAAAACCACUCAAGUGGGUUAAAGUGGGAAAACCUAAUGGUGAAGGUGAAGAAGAAAGACCUGUUGAAGCUCUUAUGGUUCUUAAAUAUGGGGGUGUUCUCACUCACGCGGGCAGAAAGCAGGCUGAAGAGCUGGGGAGAUACUUUAGGAAUAAUGUGUAUCCAGGUGAAGGUACAGGCCUGCUUCGUCUCCAUAGUACUUAUCGACAUGACCUUAAAAUAUAUAGUUCAGAUGAAGGUCGAGUACAGAUGUCAGCGGCCGCAUUUGCCAAAGGGCUUCUUGACCUGGAAGGACAGCUAACACCUAUACAAGUGUCCCUGGUUAGCAAGGACUCUUCUAUGCUCGAUGGUCUUGAGAAUGCCAGUAUUGAGAUGGAUGAAGCAAAGGCUCGAUUGAAUGAGAUUGUAACUUCUGGAACAAGGAUACUUCAUAGUAAUGGAUCAUCAGAGAAACCUUGGAUGAUUGAUGGAGCUGGAGUCCCUUCAAAUGCAUCUGUUCUUCUGCCCGAAUUGGUGAAGUUGACUAAGAAAGUGACAGAACAGGUACAACUUCUUGCUAAGGAUGAAGAUGAAGAACUUGCUGAGACCAGCUCUUAUGAUGUGAUUCCAGCGUAUGAUCAAGCAAAGGCUCUUGGUAAAACAAAUAUAGAUGUUGACCGUAUUGCUGCAGGUCUCCCUUGUGGCAGUGAGGGGUUCCUUCUGAUGUAUGCAAGAUGGAGAAAACUUGAAAGAGAAUUAUAUAAUGCACGCAAGGAACGCUUUGAUAUCACCCAAAUUCCAGAUGUUUACGACUCCUGCAAGUAUGAUCUUUUGCAUAAUUCACAUCUAAAUCUGGAAGGCUUGGAUGUACUCUUCAGAGUUGCUCAGUUACUUGCAGAUGGCGUGAUUCCUAAUGAGUAUGGAAUUAACCCGAAGCAAAAGCUAAAAGUUGGAUCAAAGAUCGCUCGACGGUUGUUGGGUAAAAUUUUGAUCGAUUUGAGGAACACACGCGAAGAGGCUACUAGUGUUGCUGAGUUGAGGAAUAAUCAAGAGCAGCAGUCAACCACUAGCAAGGCUGGAGAAGAAGAGACCGAGCAUCACCUCAAGCCUCAUGUAAGGUCAAAGGAAGAGUCAGAGUAUCCUCUCAAGUCUCAUUUGAGAACUGAAGAACAACCUAGAACUCCUAGAAGAAAUAGUUUCACUAGUGAAAAAUCGAUGGAUCAGGACGAAGACGACGACAAGGAGACCAAGUACCGGUUGGAUCCAAAAUAUGCAAAUGUGAGGACUCCAGAACGGCAUGUCCGGACACGCCUUUACUUUACAUCAGAAUCACAUAUUCAUUCUUUGAUGAAUGUUCUGCGAUAUUGCAAUCUAGAUGAAUCUCUCCAAGGAGAAGAGAGCUUAGUUUGUGAUAAUGCUUUAGAACGCUUGUUUAGAACAAAGGAGCUUGACUACAUGAGUUAUAUUGUAUUAAGGAUGUUCGAAAACACUGAGGUGAAUUUAGAAGACCCAAAAAGGUUCCGCAUAGAAAUGACUUUUAGCCGUGGUGCAGAUUUAUCACCAUUAGAGAAACAAGACACGGAGGCAACAUCAUGGCGCCAGGAGCACACGCUGCCAAUAAUGGGUCCCGAAAGGCUUCAAGAAAUAGGAUCAUGCCUGACACUAGAAAAGGUAGAGAAGAUGAUUCGUCCUUUUGCGAUGCCUGCUGAAGACUUCCCACCACCAUCAACCCCCCAAGGAUUUUCAGGCUACUUCUCAAAAAGUGCGACAGUUUUGGAACGUUUGGUCAACCUCUGGCCAUUUCACAAGCAUGGGAGCACCAAUGGAAAGUAGACUCUAUUUUGUAUACCCAGCUUUCGUUUUUCUUGUUAAAUUCAUACAACGUCAGGUUUUUUGGUGCAGAAGUGUUUUAUAGAUAGAGUAAUGUUUUCAUGGACCCUAUGAAUGCUGUCUAGCCGUCUCAUAGUAGACUCAAUUUUGAACCCAAGAUCAUAGCCCUUUGAUAUUUUCGAGAAUUUCAUGCUAACUAUUCAUUCCUUGUCUAUUUUAACUUCACGUU